AUGAGAGCCGCAACUAGAAUUAACGUUACCAAUAAAUUAUAUGUGAGUACCUUCCUGGUGGCAUUCUCAUCAGUGGCACUGACGUCGAUUUUUCCCUGCCCUGCUCACUCCCUAGAUUCUGACAGUCCAGCAGAUGAACUGCCGCAGGACGAAACUAAGCAAAGUCAGUUGUUAAAGAAACGAGAACUUCAGGGAAAGUUUUGA